AGCGUUGACAAGCGCAGCUUCUUUACUCUGUUUGCCUCGCGAUCUGAGCUCUCUGCUUCAGAAGCCAAUGAGGAAGCAGUGCGCAUGAAGAUGCUGGAAGAGGCUGCUCUCACCAACGGACUGCUGCAGUCGUCAGAUGGCCACGUGGUGUCUAGCCUGCUAAGAUGGUACACUGUGAAAGGGAGCGGUGAAAAACAUGAACCUUCUAUGAUGCCGUUCAGGAGUAUGAGUGGUGAGGAGAGAGAGAAGGGAGGAAGUGAGGAGGAGAAGGAGCGAGAUGAGGAGAGUGAGAUAGAGAGUGUGGCUGUGCAGGAACACGGGAAAGAAGAUGUGAGGUUGAUGGUGCGGCGAGGAGGGAGGGAAGUGAAGGAGAGGAGGAGGUGGCGCAAGGAGGAGUCGAAGCGAGUCAAAGAGAGGAGGACGCGAGGGAAGGCGCAGGAGGCACAAGCACAGAGGCGGAAGCAGACCGUGUGGAGUUGGAAGAGGCAGCUGCGGCUGCUGAGGCUGGACAGACGAGCGAGUGGUGGAGGGGGAAGAGGAGGACGCAGAGGAGGAAGAGGAGGAGGCGGAGGAGGAGGCGGAACUUGGAAUGCUUGUAGAGCGAGUGGUGGAGGGGGAAGAGGAGGAGGCAGAGGAGGAAGAGGAGGAGGCGGAGGAGGAGGCGGAGCUUGGAAUGCUUGUAGAGCGAGUGGUGGAGGGGAAGAGGAGGACGCAGAGGAGGAAGAGGAGGAGGCGGAGGAGGAGGCGGAACUUGGAAUGCUUGUAGAGCGAGUGGUGGAGGGGGAAGAGGAGGAGGCAGAGGAGGAAGAGGAGGAGGCGGAGGAGGAGGCGGAGCUUGGAAUGCUUGUAGAGCGAGUGGUGGACGUGAGUGCGGGCGUGGAGAGGGCAGAGUGGCACACGGAGAACGCCCCGGGAGGAGUAGAGGAAGCAGAGGCAGAGGCAGCUGUGUGUAUGAUGCCUGUGCCUGUGGUGGCCAUGGCAGCAGGAAUGGGUAUCGAGGGGGGGAGAGACGAGAGAGGGAGGGGGCAGAGUGAGACGGGGGAGUGACGUUGAAAGGGAAGUGUGGGCAAGUGAGAGGACUGCAACCAUCGAAAUGGAGGGCGAGCGAAUGACGGCUGAAGAUGAGAGAUUGUUGGCUGGUAUCGAGCGUGAGGGGAGUGGCGAUGUGUACAAGGGGAGUGGCAGUGGGGUGAGCAGUGACGAUUUGAGUUUUGAGGCGCGUCAGUACAAGGGGAGUGGUAGCAAUGUUAGGGGGGGGACGAUCUGCGAAGCUCCACUAGUAGCGUUGGGGACAUGCCAGGCA